AUGGAUGUUGUCUUUCACGAAUCUGCGUCAUACUGCACUACGACACCUCUUCAGAAGGAGUCUCCUUCCAUUGUGAAAGAUGUGCCGCCGUCUCUUGAAAUUGCUAUCCCUGCUAGUAUCUCGUUUCAGGGGGAGAGUGACAGUCCCACUUCUCCUACUGCGCCUCGGCCAGAGAUUCGUGUGUAUAGUUGCAGAGAGCAAACUCAGACAACUACACAUCCAGCAUCUACCCUACCAUGCCAGUCGUCUCCUCUCAAGCCAAAUCUCGUCCCCUUGAACACUGGUUCCCCUGAUGACCGCAGGUCUACUACUGGUUAUUGCACCUUUGUUGGUAACCUUAUUACAUUGCGUAGCAAGAAGCAAACUGUGGUUGCCCAUUUAAGUGCUGAAGCAGAGUUCCGUGCUAUGGCACAUAGCAUUUGUGAACUCCUAUGGCUUCAUGGUCUUCUCAUUGAUUUGGUUGUUCCUACUGCUCCUAUGAAGCUCUUUUAUGAUAGCAAAUUUGUUAUUAGCAUUGCUCACAACCCUAGCAUGGCAGAGAAUGAGUCACAGUGGCCGCCGCCUCCACCUGAUCCAAUGGCAAAAGUCAUUGAAAUGUUUCAACAACUCUCUGCUGAUCAAAAAACUAUUAGUGAGAGGUUACUGCGACUUGAGAACCAAAGUGUUACUCCAAUACAAGGCAGCAAUGUACCAUUCGAGAGGGAGGACAGGUAUCAACUACAAUCUGCUGUGCAUCGUCAACAUAGGAGAAGUGCUAAAAGGGCACAACAAAGAACCCCUACAGCACCACCUACCUUUGAGGAGCAUGUAAGAUCUUAUUUCAAUGGUGAUCUUGAAGCACCCCGUCGACGUACUGAUGAUUCACAAAAAGUCAAGCUUGAAUUAAAGGAGUUCAACGGAAAGCAUGAUCCACAGGUAUUUUAUGAUUGGUUGGCUGCUUUAGAUGACUAUUUUGAUUGGUAUGAGUUGUCUGAGUCACGUAAGAUGAGACUAGCACGUACUAAGCUAGUUGGCUCAGCCCGCGAAUGGUGGAGAACUGAAGAAAGGGAUCUAGAAGAUCGUGGUAGAGCUCCCAUUACUUGGGAAGAGAUGAAAGAAGAUCUUAGUGCCAAAUACUUACUACGACACUUUAGAUCACAACUGCAGGACAAGCUGAAUACUCUUCGUCAAGGGAGUAUGUCCGUUGCAGAGUAUAUGGAGCAGUUUGAUUCACUCUAUUCACGCACUGGCAUCAGGGAGAAUGAAUUACAGGUACUUUCCCGCUUUCGUUUGGGUUUGAGAUCUGAUAUAAAUCGUGCUAUUGGCGUAGUAGAUGUAUCCAAUGUCAGGGAAUGCUUCGAGAAGGCAGUACAUGCAGAGGAGUUACUAGCUCCUACGGGUAGAAGGUUUGGAUAUCAAGCUAGAGAGAUCACAAAAAAUUUUUCAGCAAAAAAUCCUACUUCUUAUCCUCCACGUACCACACCUUCUCCACGUGCUGAUCACAAGGGGAAAGCACCUAUGCCUAGCACUGCCACAGUGCAAUGCUUUCAUUGUCAGGAGAGGGGACAUUAUGCCAAAAAUUGUCCUACACGUCACAAAGUAGCAGUGAUGGUUGACGCUGACGAUACUCCUGAUGAAGAUAAUUCCCAUAUCUUUCCAAUCCCAUUGGAAGAAGAAGACGAAAAUGUUGAUUAUUAUGAUGGGGCUGAAGCAAAUGAAGAUGACUCCUAUGGAAUUCAUGUGGUUUCUCGCAUAUUGGUGGCUGAAACCAAAGGCGAGGAUUGGCGACGUACAUGCAUAUUUUACAGCCGCAUGCGUUCAGCUGAUCGCACUGUACAGGUGAUAGUUGACAGUGGCAGCUGCGUUAAUGUUGUCUCUGAGUUGUUUGUGAAGAAAGCACAUUUGAAGGUAGAGAAACACCCGCAGCCUUACAAAGUAUCCCUACUGAAUGGCAACACUUUGGAGGUCAAUCAGCGAUGUUUUGUUCCAUUACAACUUUCUCGAUAUGAAGAAAAGCGCACUAUACUUGAGCCAAUCAAUGUACCAGAGGAGAUGCGUAAGAGACAGACAUUGAGGACUAACCAGAAAGCCACCACCGAUACCAACAAGAUGCUAGUCCUUCCACAGAAGAAGAUCUUAGCUGUUCCACAAAAGCAGUUUGAGCGAACCAGCCAUGAUACAGGCAUGAUAUUAGCCCUGGUUACUAGAGAGGUCACUCCACCACCAACAGUUCAGCUCACACGGCCUAUUAGAGAGCUUCUAACAGACUUUUCUGAUUUAGUACCUGACGAGCUACCUAAUAAGCUCCCUCCCAUGCGCGAUAUUCAGCAUGCUAUUGACUUGGUACCUGGUUCUGUGCUUCCCAACCUUCCAGCUUACCGUCUCAGUCCUACAGAACACACUGAGCUCAAAAGGCAAGUUGAUGAACUACUAAAGAAGGGGUUUAUCAUUGAGAGCCUUAGUCCUUGUGCUGUACCAGCAUUACUUACUCCAAAAAAGGAUGGCUCAUGGCGUAUGUGUGUCGACAGCAGAGCAAUCAACAAAAUAACGGUUAAGUAUAGGUUUCCCAUACCACGACUUGAUGAUAUGCUAGACAUGUUGUCCGGUGCAAAGGUCUUUUCAAAAUUGGACCUUCGAAGCGGCUACCAUCAAAUUCGUAUUCGGCCAGGAGACGAAUGGAAGACCGCCUUCAAAACCAAGGAUGGACUGUUCGAGUGGAAGGUCAUGCCUUUUGGUCUGACGAAUGCACCUAGUACAUUCAUGCGAGUUAUGACACAGGUACUUCGUCCAUUUAUUGGUCGAUUUUUGGUUGUAUACUUUGAUGAUAUCUUAGUUUACAGCAAGCAUCCAGAUGAUCACAUCGACCAUUUGAAGCAAGUCUUGAGGGUGCUCCGUAUGGAGAAGCUAUACAUUAAUCUCAAGAAGUGUUCCUUUAUGCUGCCCAAGGUUGUAUUCCUUGGUUUUAUUGUCUCCUCCAAGGGGGUUGAAGCUGAUCCUGAGAAGAUCAAGAGCAUCACCAACUGGCCUACCCCGAAGACAAUCACUGAAGUCCGUAGCUUCCACGGUCUAGCCUCAUUUUACAGGAGAUUCAUUCGAAAUUUUAGUGCAGUCAUGGCACCUAUUACCGAAUGUAUGAAUCAGAGUAAAGGCAAGUUUGAGUGGACAACAACGGCGACAAAAGCCCUCCAUCUUAUCAAGAAGAAGAUGACGGAGGCCCCAGUAUUACGCCUGCCAGAUUUUAAUCGUGUAUUUGAGGUGGCAACUGAUGCUUCGCAUAUUGGGUUGGGAGGUGUGCUGAUACAAGAAGGGCACCCUAUCGCUUUCUAUAGCGAGAAACUCAACGAUGCCAAGCGACGCUACUCGACUUACGAUUUGGAGCUCUAUGCUGUCAUCCAAGUGUUACGCCAUUGGAGACACUAUCUUAUUGGUAAGGAAUUUAUUCUUUACACCGAUCAUGAAGCACUCAAACAUCUCCAUUCUCAGAAGUCAAUCAGUCAGAAGCAUGCAAAGUGGGUUGCUUACCUACAAGAGUUCGUCUUUGCUAUGAAAUACAAGGCUGGUAAAGAGAACACGGUGGCUGAUGCUUUAAGCCGAAAAGUUCUCACUAUCAAUACUUUUUCAGCACAUGCCGUUAGUAUUGAUCAGAUACGAGAUGAGUACGCGUCUGAUAAGGAUUUCAGAGUUCUAUAUGCAGAGUUACAGCAAGACUCCUCCCUACGACAUCACAUCAUAAAGGAGUUACACGGAGGAGGUUUGGGAGGCCACUUCGGCAAGGACAAGACCAUCAUACAGGUGACUGAUCGGUACUACUGGCCACACAUUGCAAAAGACGUAGAUCAUGUCAUCAAAAGGUGUCGAGUCUGUCAACUUGCUAAGGGGACCAAGCAGAAUACAGGCCUCUACUCCCCACUACCGGUUCCUCAUGCACCUUGGCUCGACAUUAGUAUGGAUUUUGUACUUGGGCUGCCACCUACAAGAGAACGGUACGAUUCCAUCAUGGUUGUAGUGGAUCGCUUCUCUAAGAUGGCUCACUUUUUGCCAUGUCGAAAGACCUUUGAUGCCUAUCAUAUUGCAAAGCUCUUCUUUAAAGAGGUUGUUCGACUGCAUGGGCUGCCAAGUACUAUUGUCUCUGAUCGUGACGUCAAGUUUAUGAGCUAUUUCUGGAAGACAUUGUGGCUAAAAACUAACACAAAGCUACAGUUUUCAACUGCAUUCCAUCCACAAACUGACGGUCAGACAGAGGUUGUUAAUAGAAGUUUGGGGAACUUGUUGAGGUGCUUAGUCCGAGAUUAUGAGAAGACAUGGCCAGCAAUCCUUGACAUAGCUGAGUUUGCCUACAAUAGCUCUGUGAAUAGGACAACGGGGCGCACACCAUUUGAGAUAUUACUUGGAAUUCAGCCGCAACGCCCAAUUGAUCUUGUUCCACUCCCACCCCAGGCUCGAAUCAGCCUUGAAGCUGAUGAAUUCUUGCGCCACAUCACAGAGGUGCAUGCAAACGUGCGACGACGUAUUGCCUUAAGUAAUGAUGUCUACAAGACUACAGCUGAUCGUCAUCGUCGUUAUGUGGAGUUUAAACCAGGAGACAUGGUUAUGGUUCGCAUAAAUCCUGAGAGGUUCCAACCUGGUGUUAACACAAAGCUCCAUCCAAAGAAGAUGGGUCCUUAUAAGGUGCUGAAACGUAUAGGACCAAAUGCUUAUGUGCUCGAAUUACCUGAGGAAAUGACCAUAAGCGAUGUCUUCAAUGUAGCUGACCUACAUCUUUAUGUGGGACAUCAUUCAGAUGAUGGUGACCUGGAACAAAUGCUAAGGCUGCCCCAACUUACACCACCUCUUGAGGAUGUUAUUGAAGAGGUUUUGGAUGAUACUUACAAAACCACUCGUCAUGGCACCGGUUAUCACACUUUUCUUGUCAAAUGGAAGGGACGACCACGGACUGAUUGCACUUGGAUUCAUGCUGAUGACUUCAAGCGACUCGAUCCUGACUUAUAUGAGCGUUACAUGUCUUUCACCCAUUCGUCGGAGACGAAUGUUUUCAAGUCGGGAGGAGCUGAUGCAGAUCUGAAGACCUACAUCCGUAGGAAGAAGGCCAAAGACCUAUAUCCGUAG